AUGUUUGGGCGGUAUUUUCGUGGCAUCCUUCAAGGUGUCUUUCUCAUCGAGUCUGAUCCUCGGAUGGGAGACUCACUUCAUGUUGGAUAUUUGGAACAUACAACGACUGAAAAGACUAGUGCAUAUUGUUACCAAUUGGAGUCUCAAUCGUUUCAAGUUCUGAAUGUAGGAAUUGGUAUCUUCGAAGGUUUAGCAUCCUCGUUUAACAAUGCAUGA